GGGAAGGAAGUAAUGAAGGAGGUGAUGGUCUGAGCUGAGCUUCUCCAACCCUCCAUGGCAUGUGGUCUCUGUAGGAUUUUUUUGAAGUUUUGAGCUUGCGUACAUCCUCUUGUCGCGAGCCCAGCUUGUUAGAAAUUAGUUUACAAUCAUAAUAAUCAUUGGCUGAAGUCGCAAACUUCUCAUUUUCAUUUGAAAAGUGAAUAGAAGUUUAUUCUGCGUCAUUUCGUCAAUAAUUUUAAAUUUGUCGCUGAGCGUUUCAGGAAAUCUAGGUCGUAUUGCAUUCAGCACUUGCUUGUCGUCACUGCGCCAGCUAGGCGUAGAUCUGGCUCUGCCCUGGAGCCACCAUCCAUGAGGACUUCUCGAACAGUGCGCUGACAUGCUCAGUCUUCUGCAGUAACUGAGUCGGACUCAUCCCUCAUCAACGAUGCACGACGCAUUUGAAGCUGUCGUAGCCAUUGAAAAGCUGCCUCUGCACAUUGAGUGCAUAGCAACAUGGGAGUCGUCUCUGUUUGUGGGAACCCGGACAGGCGUGUUGCUUGUUUACAGCAUCAAGGAAGGCGGCGGCGGCAGCGAUGGCAGUAACCUGGAAGUGGAACUCAAAAGGCCGAUGAAGUCAUUUUCAAAGAAACCAAUCGUACAGCUGGAUGUGGUUGGAGCACUAGGUAUCUUCAUUGCCCUGUCCGAUGGCGUGAUUGGUAUCUAUGACUUGGAGACGUGCAGCCCGCGUGGACAGCUACAGAAGAGUCGCGGCGCAAACUGCUUUGCCGUUCAUGUACAAGGCAGUGGGAAAUCGCAGAAUGUCUUGCUUUGUGUGUCAGUAAAGCGUCAUUUAGAGGUACAUCAAUGGAACUCGAGAGAAGGCCAGUUUGUGCCCCUUGGGUCGGAUUUGAAUGUUCCCGACACGGCCAAGGCGCUGGCGUGGUGCGGUGAUUCUAUCUGCGUUGGCUUCAAACGAGAGUACACCAUGGUCAAGGUCACUGGUGGUGCGCUGACAGAGUUGUUCGGUACCGGCCGGCAUGAUCCAGUCAUCGUGGCUCUUGGUCCUCACGACAUUGCACUCGGCAAGGAUGAGAUGAGCAUAUGUAUAAACCACGAGGGCAAGCCAACACAAAAGCAAGCGCUUGUCUGGAGUGACCCGCCGUUUGCGCUCGAGAGUGUCGAGCCGUAUGUUGUUGGUCUUUUGCCGAAGGUUGUGGAGGUUAGAACAAUGGAGCCACGCAUGCUGGUACAAAGCUUCUCACUGGACAAGGCACGGUUUAUCUGCUCCGGCAGGGAUAUUUACAUUGCAUCAGAACACCGUGUCUGGCGUCUACAGCCCGUGGAACUUGUGGCGCAGAUUGCACAGCUUGUGCAGGACAAACAGUUUGACUUAGCUCUCAACUUGGCAAAACGGGUGCAGGAAAGUCGACGCGACAACCGCGAGCGUAUUGCGGAGGUUCGCCACUUACAGGCAUUCCAUAUGUUCACACAGCAUCGCUUCGAGGAGUGUUUGUCCAUCUACUCUGACCUCAACACUGAUGUCAAAUAUGUGAUUGGUCUGUUUCCUGGUCUCUUGCCGAAUGAAUUCCGGAAGACGCUAAAAUACCCUGCAGCUCCACCGGUACUAGUUGGCUCUGAGCUGGACAAAGGACUGGGCUUCCUUGCUGAUUACUUGAAAGGGAAACGCAAUGCAUUGUCCAAGCAGACAAAGGAGACCCCGGCAACAGAUGAACAAAAACGUGCACAUGAGGAAAUCCUCCAUGUAUGGGAAGUGAUAGACUCUACCUUGCUCAAGUGCUACUUGAAGAUUAAUGAUGCACUGGUGCGGCCUUUGCUUCGGCUGAAGGACAACUGCUGCCAUUUGGUGGAGUGUGAACGUGUCCUGCAGAAUCGGGAAAAGUACGAAGAACUUGUUCAGCUGUAUCAGAAUAAAGAGAACCACAAGAAAGCCCUUGACCUACUGCUACGGCAUGGCCAGAAAUCCUCCGGCACGCUACGGGGCUACGAGCCCACGAUCCGGUAUCUGCAGCAUUUAGGUGCCAACCGCCUGGAGCUCAUCUUUGAAUACUCAAAGUGGAUUCUGCGUGCAAGCCCUGAAGAUGGCUUACGGAUAUUCACAGAGGACAGUCCAGAGGUUGAGUCACUGCCCAGGGACAAAGUACUAGCACACCUGGAGUCUGUUGCCAAGUCACUUGUGAUCAAGUAUUUGGAACACAUCAUCAUUUAUGGCCAGGACACUAGUGCUGUCUUUCACAAUCGACUCAUCACCUUGUACCGCGAGAGGAUUGAAGCGAUAUUAAUGGAGAAGACCGCAGCAGGUGGCGCGGAAUCUCCAGACGAGGCAGACAAGGUGCCAGCUGGUUCAGAACCUGGUGAUCUAGGGCACUAUCGACAGCGGCUGCUCACCUUCCUGGAGCAAUCGCAACACUACCAGCCAGCUAAGCUCAUCGUUCACUUUCCUGUCGGAAAACUGUUUGAGGAAAGGGCAUUGUUGCUAGGCCGUAUGAAUCGCCAUGAGCAGGCGUUGGCCAUCUACACACACGUCUUGAAGGACACUAAGCAGGCAGAAGAGUACUGCCGCAAGAACUACAAUCGCAGCAGUGAGCACAGUAAAGAUGUGUAUCUGUGCCUUCUACGCAUGUACCUUCAGCCACCGCAGGCUAGUAGUUUAGGUGUCUCAUCAGACACCAUACCCCAGGCCAAUGUCACGGCUGCUCUGGAGGUCCUCCUAGAGCACUAUGAGCACAUUGAUACUGCUAAGGCACUGGAGCUGCUCCCGGCUGACAUUCCUAUCAGGGAGAUCCACCAGUUCCUGUGCCAUGUCUUGAUCAAGCAGACCCAGCGGCGGCGAGACCAGCAGAUGCUCAAGAGCUUGCUGCUGGCCGAAUUACUCGAGGUGCAACAGCAGCGCAUUGCAGUGCAAAGCCAGUUUGCUCGCAUCACCCAGGAGACGACAUGUGAAGUGUGCAGGAAACGCAUCAACCAGAGUGCAUUUGCUCGCUAUCCCGAUGGCUCUGUUGAGCACUUCUAUUGCUAUCAAGCUAAGCACAAAGAGCAGAAGGAGUCAUAGCUCUCCAACCAACUGCACCAUAGACCAUAUCAGCAGUACCCGAGAUGGAGAAUUCCGAGUAGCCAUGGCCGGUCACUGGCACUCUGAUCUUCAUCAUAUUGUAUAUAGACGUAUGUAGCCAUCUCUACCCGACUAGUUAGCCGCAAGUUUUGCCCGUUUUGUUUUAGCCUUCCAGCCUCCUUCUCUGCCUUGCUCUAUUUUGUCUUUUGGCACGUUGGCCAUUGUUCCGCCCAAACUGGUAGUACCCAUGGCUGGCUGGAGGUACGUAUACCGCUUUGUAUUCCAGGCUUGAUUACUUGUUUCGUCCGGUCAGGGAAUGUUUCAUUGCUGCUGGUGCAUGCAUGCACUCUCCCUUGUCAACGGAUUUUGAUGAAAGACUAUUUGCCCACGCACGCGCUCUCACCUCACUCAAUCGUGCAGGCACGGUGAAGAUUUUUUUUAUUCUUGUAUUGAUUUUUAUAUUUUCCCCUCUCGUUUCCAUUCAGAACUGAUGUACAUGUAUGUGUCGACUGGGUCACAGUGGGUACUGUGCAUGUGGCAGUAAAGUCGUGCAUGGUCACCAGCAGCACAGUCUAGUUACGGCGUUUAUAUGUUCUUACACAAUACUACUCCUUAGCUCACUAGUCCUUACUUAGCUUCUGUGUUUGUGCACAUGUGCUUUCGUCAAGGUUUCCAACAUUGUUCCUGUCUCAUAAAACUGCCUAUGGUUA